GGGAAAUUAUUUCAGUCUGCUCAUAGCUCAGGAUGUUAAAGGCAGUAACCUCAGCUGGUUGGUUAAUCAUUAGCAAAAAGGAAAGAGCAGCGGAGGUCAGGACUGGCCAAACCACAGAGACGGACUUGAAGCAGGGAGAGAGCUCCUGGAAGAGGCAAGAUGUGAUCUUACCUGGUGUUAACCUCUUUCUCGUAUUAACUUUUCCUUGGGACGUAAAGCAAGAUGACUCUUUUCUGUUCCCAGACAUUUGUCUAAAUAAAGCCCUCUUAAUUUUGUUUUUGCUGUGGGAUUCCUAAGCAGACCAGAAGAAAAGGCAUCUUCCCUGAGCGGCUGCCCAGCUCCUGCUCAGUUUUGCUCUAGGGCAGCCGCUCUGGCCACAAAAAGCAAGCAGGUGAGUGUCCCCAAGCGGGGCUCGCCGCAGGCAGAUCUGCCCCAUUGUUGUGAAACAGGGCUUUGCACGCUCUCCGCAGCCAGGGGAAUUGGUGCUGACUUCCAAGUUGCCCCGUGGAAGAAGAGAAAGUGGAUCUGCAGAGACUGAAAGGAGAGGGAGAAGCCCCUCUCCUCUCCUCCCUCCCAGGGCACCAUGGGCAACAUUUGUGUGAGGUUCUUGACGUACUUGAAGCCCUGUCUCCCAUGCCUGUUCCAGGAGGCCGACAAGCCGGUGGUGAUUGAGAACCCAGUGGCCCGCUGCUCCCCUGAUGCUUGCAGGUCACAGAGUCAGGAGCUCGGGAGAAGCGGUGGUCACUACUUUGUGGCUCUGUUUGAUUACCAGGCUCGGACUGCAGAGGACCUGAGCUUCCGCGCGGGCGACAAGCUCCAGGUCCUGGACACUUCCCAGGAGGGCUGGUGGUUCGCCAGGCACUUGGAGAAAAGGGUAGAUAGCUCUGGCCAGCUGCUGCAGGGCUAUAUUCCUUCUAACUAUGUGGCUGAGGACAGGAGCCUGCAGGCAGAGCCGUGGUUCUUUGGAGCAAUCAAGAGAACAGAUGCAGAAACACAACUGUUAUAUUCAGAAAACCAGACUGGUGCCUUUCUAAUCAGAGAGAGUGAAAGCCAGAAAGGAGAUUUCGCCCUUUCAGUUUUAGAUGAAGGGAUUGUGAAACACUACAGGAUCAGAAGACUGGAUGAAGGGGGUUUUUUCCUUACCCAGAGAAGAAUCUUUUCAACACUGAAUGAAUUUGUGAGCCAUUACACCAAGACAAGGGAUGGCCUGUGUGUCCAGCUGGGAAAACCAUGCUUAAAGGUACAAGUACCAGCGCCUUUUGAUUUGUCUUACAAAACCGUGGACCAGUGGGAGAUAGACCGCAACUCCAUACAGCUUCUGAAGCGAUUAGGAUCUGGUCAGUUUGGUGAAGUAUGGGAAGGUCUAUGGAACAACACCACUCCAGUAGCAGUAAAAACAUUAAAACCAGGUUCAAUGGAUCCAAAUGACUUCCUGAGGGAGGCACAGAUAAUGAAGAACCUAAGACAUCCAAAGCUUAUCCAGCUUUAUGCUGUUUGCACUUUAGAAGAUCCAAUUUAUAUUAUUACAGAGUUGAUGAGACAUGGAAGUCUGCAGGAAUAUCUCCAAAAUGAUGCUGGAACAAAAAUCCACCUGACCCAGCAGGUAGACAUGGCAGCACAGGUUGCCUCUGGAAUGGCUUAUUUGGAGUCCCAGAACUACAUCCAUAGAGAUCUGGCUGCCAGAAAUGUCCUUGUUGGUGAACAUAAUAUCUACAAAGUUGCAGAUUUUGGACUUGCAAGGGUUUUUAAGGUAGAUAAUGAAGACAUCUAUGAAUCCAAACACGAAGUAAAGCUGCCAGUGAAGUGGACUGCACCUGAAGCCAUUCGUGCUAAUAAAUUCAGCAUUAAGUCCGAUGUGUGGUCAUUUGGAAUCCUUCUUUAUGAAAUCAUUACUUAUGGCAAAAUACCUUAUAGUGGCAUGACAGGUGCUCAGGUAAUCCAGUUGUUGGGUCAAAACUACAGACUCCCUCAACCACCUAACUGUCCACAAGAAUUCUACAACAUCAUGUUGGAAUGCUGGAAUGCAGAGCCUAAAGAACGGCCAACCUUUGAGACACUGCACUGGAAACUUGAAGACUAUUAUGAAACAGAAUUUUCAUAUUCAGAGGCAAAUAACUUCGUAAGAUGAACACGGAAAGGAACAUUAAAUAAUGAAGUAGCAAAAAAGUUCAAUAAUCAGUCCAGAAAUAAAGCUUAUUAAUCAACUGUGAAAAGAGCUUACCUUGACACAUUCAAGUGAUAGGGUCAACUUGGCCAUGUAUUAUGAAAAAGAUUAUAUGUUCAUUUUAUCGACUGGCCCACACUGCUGGACAGUCUAUGAUGAUAUUUUAUCACUGUCUGGCAAAAUCAAGCACACUAAAUCCAGUUAUUUUUCUUUUUUAAAAAUACUUACAUUUGUAUUUAUUGUUUGAAUCACCUAUCAAGAGGAUCAACAGAUGAUAGUCAAUUUUUACUCAGUGACUGUUGUAGCAUUUUCCUGUUUACUGAUUAAAGUGGUUAUUCAUUAUUCCUCGGUUUGCUGAAUCCCAUCAGGAUGUUAUUAUGAAGGAAUCUGAUUGCUUUGCUGCACAGCAGGACCUGUGCUUUGAGAUUUUUUUUUUUCUCUUUUAAAAUAUCCUGUAACUACAAUGAUGGUAAAGCCAUGUUAGAUGACUUGAUUGUACUUGGAGUAGUUGCACAUAUUUUUUUUUCCUAUGCAUAAAAUAAUGAAGCAGCUGUUGAGAAAAAGAAUUAAAAUUUCUCACAUUUUGUAGAAGGAAAUCAUGGGAUUUUUCUUUACCUCAGUAUGUGUCAUCUGAGAAUCAUCUACGUUAGUUUUAAUCUCCUAAUGUUAAGAAUCAGAUUGCAAGGCAGAUGAGUUAUUAUCUCUGGAAAUAGGUGAGAAACAUCUAAUAGCCCGCGAAAUCGAGAAAUGAGUAUAAAAUAGUUUAGGAAAAUGAGAAGAGAGUAGUAGGAUUGCUAUAGCUUGGGUUUCUGAAUAAUUUUUUAAAAAUGGGCCUAUGACAUAUAGGCUGGAGUUUUAAAUUGACUACAAUAUAGGUCAAGCUUGGUUUUAGAUCUAGAGGCUAGAAAUAAUGUCUGACCUUGGUUAUGAAACUGUAUUUUUGUCUGGUAAGACAAAAGGGUUUUUACUCAUCUUAAAUGGCAUUAACCUUUGUAAGAAUGUUACUGUCUUCUUAAGCAAUGGGUGUAUCAAAUUUUGUGCUUCAUUAGAUGAUGAGGGAGGGUUCUCAAAGGUAGUUUCAAAAUCAAGGAGAUAUACAAAGAUCUUCUGCCAUAAAGUAAUAUGAAUGAAACAAGCCAUGAGGAAACAGAAGAUUUUGAGUAUAUUUUCUCAUCUUUAAAGCAGAAGAGGAGCAUAUUUAAACCAUCACAGAAACCCACAUUCAAAGUGGAUGAAGCACUAUGUGUGAGCUCCGACUGGAAGACUGGAGGUAGAGAGGGCUCUAGGUACCUGACCGCUAGCACUUUAGCGAUGUUGACAGGACUCAUGUUAUUCCCAUCCUCUCCUGUGUCACCAGCGUUGUCCUCAUUCUCAUAGUCACAGAUGGCUUGGUAGCAGCUGGGGCUCCCUGCUCUUUUCUCCUCAUCCAGAAAAUGGGAAAUAUCUCUCUAUGCAUUUUUAGCGUGCAUAAAAACCAUUCUUUUUAUGUUCAGGCAAAUCGGGGUCAUAUGCCCUUCCCUGGAUGAAUGAUAGACUUAACGUAAAUGUUAUGUGCUGAUUGGCUUGGCAGAAGUUGUGCCACUCAAGCUGGGAAUGUGACCAUUUUUUCUGGAGACAAGUUGGGAGGUUGACUUAUCUGAAUAAAAUUAGAUGCUGGGUAGGUAUCCAUUAAGGAGAAAAUCCCCUGAGAUUUAAGUAGGUGUAUAUACAGACAUUCAAACUUCUCUGACUAAAAUGGGUCAUUUAGAGCUAACAAUAAUAGAGACUUUUGACUUUUUUAUAAAUAGAAAAUAGUUGUAAGCUAAGGUCAGCACUAAUUAUUUAAAUCAAUUGACUAUGUAUAAGACAACUUUAUUUAAAGUCAGAGUCUAAUUGUGAAAAUUCAACUACUAUAUAAUUUGUCUUAUAUAAAUUUCUAAGUUAGAUCUGAUUUUGAAACAUAUAAAGAAGGUUAUCCUCUCUUGUUUUAAUAACACCUGAAACCCAUUUUACUUACUACAUUUGAUUCUUAGAGACAUUUAUGUUCAAGGUUCUGUCAAAGCAAUCUAUUAUUCUUGUUUUUGCCUGAUGGAUCAUAGAGAAAAAUAAUGGAUUCAGUUAUGAGAAGCAGUAAUAGAUUUUUUUUAAGCUGACAUAAAUUUCUUUUCCUGUAUAGAAUAAAAAGAUCAGGAAAAGAUAAGUUGAAUUUUCCUACAAUGAGCCAGUUCUUGUUAAAUUUACCUCCCAUAAAUUGUAGCAAAGCACUUUCUAUGUAAUGUUUUAUUUAUGUAAUUCAGUUAUUUGGAGGUGGUGGUGAGGGAUGUGAGUACAUCAUUUCAUGUGGUAUUUCAAAUCUCCUUUGACAAAAGCCUAAGAAUUUUUGCAAUAGGAAAAAUUCAAAAUUCCAUUAAACGUCUUUUAAGAAGGUUAGAAAGGAAAUAGGUUUACAUUACCUUAGGUCAAAAGAGGCACAGAAUGGAUUCCUAAUAGUUGUGGAACCUGAAUAUUGUAUCAUCAAAAAAAAGUAAAAUCAAAGUGACCAGCAAUCUACAAACUGGGCUGUGGGGGAGUCUUAAAGGACACUGAAGAACAAGUGUGGGGAAGUUAUCAGGCUAGGCCAACUCACAACAUGUACUCACAACACAUGUCUGCAUGGGACUACAUGGGUCAACUCAACCACAAGGGGCCUACACUCUUUUGAUUCUCUGAUGGCCCAGAGGGAACCCUUGCCCUUGGAAGGAUGCCAUAAUGUCACACAGCUAGAGCUUCCUUGAGGAAGCAGGGCCCAGAUGGUGAUCCAUGGCUUUGUCAAGCAUAUGCCCUAUCUGCAAUAAGGUUUCUCAUAGUCUGGUUGAGCAUAUGGUUUCUGGACCAAAAGCCUGUCUUAUAGUGUGUUUGUGGUGACUUUUUGGGACUCUUUGCAAAGACACAUUAUGUGAACUGGAAUGGUGAUAAUGUAGGUACUUACUCAAAUUGUGUUAUUGUGUUCUCCCAUUGGAAAAGUCCACUCUUAAAAAAAAUAAUAAGUGAGGUUUAUACCUGGAUAUUGGAA